UCUCGCGUGAUGUGAGCGUAGUGAGGAUAGCAUCGUGAGCUAACUGUAUCUGUUUAUCGUUAGCUUUCGUUAAAUCUAAAUUCUGUCAAAAACAUACAUUUAGCACAAUUGACAAACACCUAAAAUCCUCCACAGACAUGUCUAAUGUCGACUGACAUGGCAGCACUAGCACCUGGCCUCUUCUGAAGGCGCAGUGCGUCUGUUUUGGUUGGCCUAGCAGUUGGUUACGGAAUCACUGCUAACAAGCUAGCCAGGUUGCUAACAUCCGUUAAAUUGCUUCAGUAAAACCAGGAAGGAGGGACCAGUCGAGCAGCUCGGCCUCAAAGGUUACUCAACUUCUGCAGCAUUUAUUCAUCAAAACGAGUUUGUACAGACUUGUUUGCACCGGGAUAAGUAAAGGCAUAUCUAAGCGGUCCUGAGUGCAAAGAUGUCCAAGGCUCCGGACUCUCCAGCUCGGUCCCGCUCCAGAUCCAGGUCAAGAUCCAGAUCGUACUCCAGAUCUCACUCUCGAAGCCGCUCCCGCUCCAGAUCCAGAAAACGUCGCUAUAGUUCCAGGUCUCGGUCCCGCUCUCGCUCUCACUCUCCGUCCAGAAACUAUCCCAGCAGGGACUAUCAGAACAACAGAGGGGGCUUCAGAGGCUACAACCGAGGCUACCGGAGGCCCUUCCACUACCGCGGCAGAAACCGAGGGUAUUACCAGCGCGGCCAUUACCAGAACAGAGGAGGAGGAGGAGGAGGCGGAGGAGGAGGAGGCGGCGGCGGCUACGGAUACAAGGCCAACUGGCAGGGUGGUGGAGGCGGUGAUGGUGGGCGUGGCGGUGGAGGCGGAGGAGGCGGAGGCUGGCAUGAUCGCCACCAUGACCAGGACCACCACUCCCACAGUCCGAGGAGGGGGCGCUCACGCUCCCGCACACCCAAAAAGCGCUCGGGUAGCCGGAGCCGCUCCCACUACUCUGACCGCUCGUCUUCCAAGGGAUCCCGGCGCUCCAGGCACUCCAGCUACUCCUCGCACUCACGGUCCUCGUCGCUACAUCAUCGCAGCAGCAAGAGCAAGCACGGCUCCAAGGAAACCAAGGACAAGUCAGAAAGUCACCCAGAGAAAUCCGGCCAGGCAGCAGACGGCAGCGCCAUCGAGAAGGUGUCCGGAGGGAAAUGGAUCGACGACGACACCAGCCCUAAACGAAGGAGCCCAGAGACUAAAAAUGAAGACGCCCCCAGCAGCUCCGAGGGAAAAGGGCCUAUGUGGAAAACCGUUGGUAGCGUGACCCCUCCAGCAAAGAGCCCCACAAAGUCCGGACAAACGGCCUCCUUCAGCGGCUUUGGGUUCUUCUCAAAGGAAGAAACCAAAUCUGAAGAUAAGACGGUGAUCUCUGCUGCCUUCAAAAAGUUCUUGGCUGAGAAUAAAAACAAAAAGCAGGCUGCAGAGAAGGAGAACGGUCGUGAUAAAGAGCAGAGCAACACAGACAGAGAACUAGAGAAAGGAAGCAAGUCCGGAGAUCUCUUCAACAUCUCGUCCGGUUCUUUCAGCGACUCAAAGGAAGACAAGACCCUGCCCUUCUUUGACGCCGGAGAAGAGGAGUUCCUCAAGUCCCACGGCUUGAAAGAGAGGGACAUUGAGGAUGACGGGGACGUCAAACCCACCCUCACAGCUCGGGACAUUUUCGGCAAAUGGGGGGACGAGCCAAGCUACUCAACGUCCUACCCGUCAGCUAAAGAGAAGAGCCGCAGAGAUGCUGAAGAGGCAGAGCCCGCGGAUCACAUGGAGGAGGAGAUGUACAGGAGCCGCAAACACAGCUCCAAGAAAGAGGAGAAGGCCAAGAAGAAGGAGAAGAAAGAGAAGGAGAAGUCCAGGAGGAGUCCGUCCCCUCCUGCAGCGUCCAGAGAGAAGGAGCGCCCGCUGUUCCCCGGAGCUUUCCCUCUUCGCGAGGACUCGCCUGUGCGUCGCAUGUCUGCGUCAAGGGACGACUUUGAACACAAAAUUGGUUCCAUUGAUGAAAUGCCCAGCUCUUCCAUGUCUAAAGAUCGUGUCAUGCCCAGAGAGCCGAACCCCACUAAAAAAGACGCAGAGUUUCGUUCCAUUUUCCAGCACGUUCAGUCAGCGCAGCUCCGCCGGAGCCCCUCUGAGCUGUUCGCUCAGCACAUAGUCUCAAUCGUGCAUUACAUCAAAGCUCAACACUUCCAAUCCUCAGACAUGUCUCUAAGUGAGCGCUUUGCCAUGUACCAAAGAAAAGCUGCAGAGGUAGAAAUGAUGAAGCCAAGGAAGAGCCCAGAAAUCCACAGGAGAAUCGAUGUUUCCCCCAGUGCCUUUAAGAGGCACUCUCACCUGUUUGAGGAGAUGGAGGAGACGAGCUACAAGGAUCCAAGUAAAAAGUUCAAAGGCGACGUGAUGGACCUCCGUCUGGAUAUUGAAAGACGUAAGAGGUCUGCGGGAAAGGAUUACAAGCGUGAAGGAGGCCGGAGCUCAGGAGGCUCCCGGGGGCCGAGCAGAGAGAGGUCCUCUGAGAAAUCUGGGAAACACCACAAGAAAUCCAAGAAGGGUAAGAAGAAGCGGGACCGCUCUCCAUCCUCCUCUUCCUCCUCCUCCUCUGCCUCUCCGUAUCCUCCAGCUUUCAGGGGGAAAGAGUUCAUGGGAGGGGACGGGAUGGAGCACUCAGAGGAGGGCUACGCUCACAACCGGUAUCCUCCACGGGACUACGGCGGGGGCGGAGACCGGGGGGGCCACGACCGGGGGGGCCACGACCGGGGGGGCGGAGAUCGGGGGGGCCACUUUGAGGGCCACAACGCAGAGCGGGGCAGAGGCCGAGGAUUCUUCCCCAGAGUGAGAGGGAGAGGGUGGAACAGGGGAAAUUAUCCAGGCAACAACAGCAAUGGAAACCCCGCCCCUCUGAACCCUGCAGUGCGCCCUCCAGAGGAGGAGUGGGACCCUGAAUACACUCCCAAGAGCAGGAAGUAUUACCUGCACGACGACCGUGAUGGCGAGAAGACCUGGGUGGACUCUCGUGGGAGGGGCAGGGGGGCCUUCCCCACACGCCGGGGUCGCUUCGUCUACCGUAAGGGGGGCAGCAGCCCGAAGUGGACACACGACAUGUUCCAGGGCGGGGGGGAGGGGGCGGAGCUAGCCGACGACGGCAUGGAAAGCCAGCCGGUCAUCCGUAAAGAAACCAAGAACGCCGGAGAAGCCCCCGCCCCGAAGCAGUAGAACCACUCGACCCAUCACCGGCUACAUAUAGGUGUGAGGACGGUUACAGUGACGGUGAAGGGGAUAUCCCCCCCCCCCCCCCCCCCCAUCAUCACAUUUAAUGGUUAUAAAUGUGUUCAGUAAGUUGAGCCUUCUCACAGUUAAAGUGAAGAAUCUUUGGAAUGAAGAGCACCUUCAUUUCAGAGCGUUUUGUUUUUUAAAUGUCAAGUAAGUUUUUGUUCUGCAGCUGGUUUCAUUGUAUCUUUUUAAAAAAAUAUUCUCUGAAGACAUGACAAAGUAAAAAAUGUGUGCCUUAGAAAAUAAAUAUUAUUACUUGUGUAAUCCAGCUAUAAGAGGUAGCUGCCCAUCAGUGUAGGCAGGUUAUAGAUGAUUUCCAUGUUUAUGUUGUUGGGGCUGUGAUACAUUUUCGAUGUUACUGCAUGAUUCAUACCGCGCUCCUCGGGACCAAUCAGAAGUGGGCUCAGGGCUCACCGCCGUCACGUUUCAGACAGGAGAGGUCAAAUAUCUUUAAUGAACGGUUGAUGUUUGUCACUUAUACUCUCCAAGCGUUUUCAUAUAGUGCCACUUUAGCUGUAUUUCUCAUUAGGAAGUGAAGACAUUUGUAUGUGUGUGUGGUUCAGUAUAUUCUCAUUCAUUCUGAGUGUUUUCAGUUUAAAAAAACAACAAAUUCUAAAGAAUUUGGCAACAACAUCUUCUGAUUUUGCUUUAGACAGAUAAAUAUAAAGGUUUCAGACUGUCAAAUUAAUUUAGUAAGUGGCUACCUUUUUGUUUAGAUGAAUAAUUUAAAAUGUCAUAGCUUUACAAAAUGCUGUAUAGAAUGAUUCUAUUCUAUUAUUAGACCUACAUUAUUGUAACCCCAACAUCUAAUGGAGGUAAAAUAUAAACAGGAAAUGGUUCUUUUAAAAAAACGAAACAAACACAACCUUAAAUCCUCCCACAAAACGAAAAAGAGCAGUUUGAGCUGAUAAGGGAAAGAGAAACCCUAAAAGGAUUGUGUCGAAGGUGUUGAUGGAAGUGUUUAUUUUUAAGAAGAGUUGCCGCGAACUAGCAGAAGUCGUCCUGUGAAUCUCACUGUGCUGCUUCUCACUGUACAUGCUGCAUGUACCAAACACAACUGUAGGACUUUGUUUUUGUUCAAUCUGAAGCCAAUAACUUUUGUACUGUUCUCAAGAGCUUUGGAGUACUUUGUCUUUUAAUUUUCAAUAAAUCUUUCUUUGAUUCAGGGCAA